AUGGAAAAUUACAUAAUUGCAUUAUUUUUAUUGUUAAACGGUUUUAUAUUGAAUUUGAACAGGAUUGAAAAGCGUCCAUCUGGGAGAUGCACAUAUUUUUUGGUUUAUUUAAUUAUUUUAUUCGGAAAAAAAUGUAUUAUUGCGAGGAAGCAACACUCUAAUUUAAACUUCAUUAGAAAGUUAGCACUACCUGUAGAAACCAAAUUUGUGCUGAAAAAUGAAAAUAAAAAUGAGAAUAACUUAACUUACUUAAAAAAAAAAUAUAGAGAUGAGUGGAAGAAUAAUAAUAAAAAGAAGAAGAAUAUUGUUCUAAUCGAAAAAGAUGAAAACCUAAAUGAAAAUAGAAUAACUUAUAUAAGAAAUAAAAUAAAAAGUAAUAGCAGAGUAAAGGAAAUAGAAUAUCUAAGUGAUCUACAAAAAAAUUUCAUUUAUAUACUAGAACGGAAUAAUAACAUCCUACUACACGCCAAAACUGCUAGCGGAAAAACAACCAUUUGUUUAUUUUACUUUAUUUUAAAGUUUUAUUAUAAUUGUGAAUUUGUUUUCGAUGAAGACAUCCAAAGGGAGAAAUAUUUGAACAAGAAUGAGAACAUAAAUAGUUAUAAUAAAAUAUUACUUUUAAAUAAAGCGAGAAAAAAGGUGCAUAGGCAUAAACUCAAGUAUACCCCUUUUAGUGAAAAAUAUGCACAAAUACGUGAUAUUAGAGAGGACACAGAUUUAUUAUUAGAAGACAGGGCUAAAAACACGUUAUUAAAAAAGCAGGAGAAAAUUCUUAUAUUGUCUCCCUCUAAAGAAUUGUGUGUGCAAAUUUCGCAUAAUAUUCUGUCUUUUGUUGGUGACAAAAAUGAAGGAAUAAUUCAUCUCUUUAUUGAUAAGGCAGAUGAGAAAAAACAGUCCACUCCCGUUUCGGAUUCCAAUUUAUCAAAUAAAGUUGUAGAAAAGGGAAAUGGUGAGAAGGGGAAUGAGCGACACUUAAGGAUAAGGGAAGAAAUAUCUUCUUUACCUGAACAUGUAAAAAGUGGUAGUGGUACUACUAUUAGCUAUAAUAAUGAUUCACACGAAAUGAAGAUCAAAAAUGAAAUUGACAUAUCCAAGGAAACAAGAAAAUUCAAGGAUGCCCUUUUCUUUGUAGGGACACCAAUGUGUUUUAAAAAUUAUCUAUUAAGCUUAGGAAAGGGGGAGCUGAAAGCAUUUUUGCAAAGUAUAAAGUAUGUAUUUUUUGACGAAAUUGAUAGGAUGUUUCCUACGAUGAAAACACGCAAAUCAAAGGGAACAAAAAAUAAUAUGAAGAAAAAAACGGCAUAUUUUAUUCUAGAAACGAUUAUGUAUAUGAAUAAAAAAAACUUAAUUUUUAUCGGCUGCUCAAGUACCCUAAAUAGGGAAUUGCACAGAAAAAUAUUCAAACUUUUAUAUAUGAAUAGAAAUAAUGCAAAAAAAAAAAUAUAUAUACUAAGGGAGAAUAAUGCUAGUUCAAAUGAAGGAAUGAAUGCUGAAUACAGCAAUCCUAUGAGUCCUACUUGGAGGCCCUUGAGUGAUGAAGUGUUGGAGAGUAAUGUAAACCAAGCAAAAAUGAGACCUUGUGGAGGGAAAAAAAAUGCUAUCACUUCGCAUGAAGAAAACGAAAAGGACAAUGCCGAUAUCAAUGAUACUGAGAGCGAGGAUGAAAGGUUCAAUUUAUUUUCCCCGAAUGAUGAAGAUAAUACAUUGCAAAAAUAUGUAAUAAAAGUAAAAGUUCCAAACAAUAUACACCACUUAUACAUUGUAGUAAACGAUCAGCUGUAUAGGAAUAAAAUGGAAGAAGCAUAUAAGAUCAUAGAACAUUUUAAAAAUAAAAAAGUUCUAACGCUAGUUAAAAAUGGGUACUCCUUACUAGAUAUGAAAAAAUAUCUUACUGAAAAAAAUGUUUUUUCUGUGUUACUACAUGAAAAGUUACAAAUCUCCCUCACAGGAAAUAACAAACAUUUGGAUGAAAUGUGCAAAAGCUAUGCAGAUAUAAAAAAUUUAGAAGAAAUUUCUUUGAAAAAUGAGGAAGAGCAACAGAAAAAAUACAUAAAUAAAUACCCCAUUAUUAUAAGCUCCUUUGAUAGUAUUCGGGGGUUUCAUAUAAAUAAUUUAGAUCUCGUUUUAUUGUGCAAUAAACCGAAAAAUGUAAAUGAAUAUAUUCACUUAAGUGGUAGAGUUGGAAGAAGGAAUAACAUUGGUUAUUCCAUCAUGUUGGAAGAUGAAAGGAAUGUCCAUAUUGUAAGAAAUUGGUUGACGAACAUACGGGUCUGUUUUACCAAAUUGCAAAUAAAGGACGAUAUUACCACACAGGGGGAAAAACCAUCCUCUGAUUAUGUGGAUAAUAAUAAAAUGGUGCAAAAUGAAAAAAAUAAGCAAGAAACGAAGAAUUCGCCCAGUGAGGUAUCUGCCAUCACAGAUCAGGGAAAAGACAAUUUAAAUUACAUCACAUCAUGCAUAUUAGAUGAAUUGAAAUAA